CCCGACCGCCGGCUUUGCUUUUCCUUCCUUCACCUCCUUUUCCAACUCACACCCGUGAUUUCACUUCCAAGCCUGCCGGCCCGGAUAUUUCCAUACUUUCUUUUCUUGUUUGUUUAAUUAGGUUAUGAGUUCAGAGAAAGGAAACGUUGCAAGGAAGAGAGCUCAGAAGCAUCAGAAUAUUAUUCGGUUCAAAAAUGACAAAUACGAUAAAAGUGAAAAGAUGAAGAGAUUAAAUGCUAUGGUGCAUACAGGUGUCUGUAAACGUUGUAAGGAAGUGUUGGAAUGGAAAAUAAAAUACAACAAAUACAAACCACUUAAUCAGGCUCGGAAAUGUGUUAGAUGCCUUCAGAAGACGGUGAAGGAUUCUUACCACGUUAUGUGUAAACCAUGUGCUUUCAAAUUGGAACUUUGUGCCAAAUGUGGGAAGAAAGAAGAGAUUGUGAACCCGUUGUCUUCUGCAGAAGACCAACGAGAAAAUGGUGAUGCUGAAAUAAAUCCAGGCAGAAGAAGCAGAAUAAGGAGCGGAAAAGGGGAUGAUGAUGAUAAUGAUGGCAACAACAGUAUUGAUGACUCUGAUUUUGAUAGUGAUGAGGGCAAUGAUGAAAAAGAUCAAGACCAUUCUCUUCGGUCCCCUUUAACCUGUCUGCCCACUCCACAUAUGAAUACAAUAUUGCAGAAAGAGAAAGCAACCAAUACUGAAGAGAUCAAGGCACAUGGAGGGCCUGAUAUUUCUACCUUGACUCUAGAUGUGUGAUUAGAUCUUUAUCAUUGCUGUAUGAUGUUACAUUACAAUAAUGUUUCUGUACUUUAACUACCCUUAAUCUGCUAAACAAAAAAUGUUUAAUUCUAAUUCUUUCAUGGGAUAUGGGGACCGCUUGCAAGGCUGGCAUUUGUUGCCCAUGUUUGUUGCUCUUAAAGUGGCUUACACAAAAUUUGAGGUUAGAUUUAAAUAUAUUUAGUGCUAAUGAACAGUCGUCGACCUGAAAUGUUGACUUGUUCUCCAUUCUCUUUUUUUUUUCUUUCUUUUCAUGCGCGCUCACCCUGUGCUUCCACCCUGCCCCCCUCCCUCUUACGCACUCCCUCCCAUUUUCAAUUGUUUCAAUUUCAGUCUUCCAGCAUCUGUUAUAUUUUGUAACUGUUUCAGUGUUUUAAUUCACUGCUGCUUUUCUUCCAGGAAUGCCUGACUAUGAAGGAUUUAUGUUGCUUCAGCAGGAUUUUGGUUCAUCUUGCCAGUUCUAAUGAAAAGCCAUUUGUCUCUUUUACAGGGAUUCCCUGACCUACAGUGUAUUUCCAGCAACCUAGCAUUAGGGAGAGGGCAGUGGCGUGGUGGUAAUCUCGCUGAACUAGUAAUGCAGAGGCCCAGGCUAAUGACCUGGGUUCAAGUUGUCCCAUGGCAGUGGUGCCAAUUAAAUUCAGUUAAUAAAUCUGGGAUAUAAAGCUAGUCUCAGUAAUGGUUACCUUAGCCACCAUCCACAAUUGUUGUAAAAACCCAUCUCGUUCACUAAUGCCCAUUACGCAAGGAAAUCUUCUGUCCUUGCCCAGUCUGGCCUACAGGUGGCUCCAGACCCACAUUUAACAUGGUUAACUCCUAACUGCCCUCUACAAUAGCUCAGCAAGACAUUCAGUUCAAGGGCAAUUGGGGAUAGGAAACAAAUGCUGGCCAUACCAGCCUUGCCCACAUCCCAUGGAAAAAAAUAUAAAGGAAAAGAAACUGCAGACAGCAAAGAGGAUUUUAGAUCCCUGGGACCAUGGGACCAGUGCUGUGGGAGGUGGAACCUGUUAUUGCAGGGAAGUUUACUUGUGCUGCUGGGGUGGGUGGGUGUUUAAAUAAAUUUGGCACGGGAAUGAGUACCAGGAUAUAGCAUUAAAGAAGAGAAACAAGGUGUGCAAAGGAUUAGGAGAAAUCAAUAGCACUAGAGACAGAAACAGGGCAUUAGGUGGGCUAGAUUGAAAGAAUACAAGGAUAUCUUAAGACAUGUAUUCAGUGUAAUAAUGUCAAUACAUAAAGCAUGGUAAGUACUGUA